GGGUUUAACACUUUCAUCUCAUAUCAGUUAGAGGUCGCAACUAGCAAGUGAGAGAGAAAAAUGGCGAAAUCUUCAGCGACCAAAGACGCUCAAGCACUUCUCCACUCUCUCCGUUCUGCUUACGCUUCAACUCCCACUAAUCUCAAGAUCAUUGAUAUAUAUGUCCUGUUUGCUAUAUUCACCGCUGUAAUUCAGGUUGGGUACAUGGCUAUUGUUGGGUCCUUCCCAUUCAACUCUUUUCUCUCUGGGGUACUCUCUUGUGUAGGCACUGCAGUCCUUGCUGUUUGUCUCCGAAUCCAAGUAAACAAAGAAAACAAGGAAUUCAAGGAUUUGCCACCAGAACGUGCUUAUGCAGAUUUUGUUCUCUGCAAUUUGGUGCUCCAUUUGGUGAUCAUGAAUUUCCUUGGAUAGAUUGACGUUCUUAAUCUCGAGUGAAUGCUGCUUAUCCAAAUAUUCUUGUCUGUAAGGAUGCUGUUAAGGCAAGCACUUUAGCAAUAUGAGAGUUCUGUUUCCCCUUUUCCAUCUUCAUUUAUGAACCUGAUAAUUUGUCAAUUAGACAGUGUUACUUUGGAUAUCUGGUCUUUGCAGUUUUAGAAGUAUGAACUUUACCUCAUGAAAUAUACGUACCUGUCCUCCCUUGGAUUUUUGUUUGCGCU